CACCACUAAGCAGCCUGAUCACGUUGACCCCAUCAUAGGCAUGGUGUGCAAAUACUCAGUUUUCACAUUGUGGAUAUCACUGCGCAUGGGUGGAUGAUGUUGCUGAGUGAACCUGUCCUUCGAAAUUUUCUCAUUCAUUUAAAAAUGAUAAAUAAGCUGAUGUAGUUGUUUCUCCUAUUUUUGUCAUUCAGUAAUUCUGUGACUGGAUGAGAACAAGACAUAUCAGAGAACACAGCAUCAUAGUUUGGCAAACUUUUCCCCUUUGCUAAGGAGACCUCUGAAUAACCAUGCCUAUUGCAAAUGGCACCAUGUUCAUACCCUCUGUGCUGACUUUCAUUGGGAUCCCUGGUCUGGAAACUAUUCAGUGUUGGAUUGGGAUUCCAUUCUGUGUUAUGUACAUCAUUGCUUUGGUGGGAAAUUCUCUGCUUUUGAUCAUCAUCAAAUCUGAACCCAGUCUCCAUGAACCUAUGUAUUUCUUUCUGGCCAUGUUGGGAGCCACAGACAUUGUACUUAGCACCAGCAUUGUCCCCAAGAUGCUUGGAAUUUUUUGGUUCCACUUGCCAGAGAUCUAUUUUGAUGCUUGCCUCUUUCAGAUGUGGCUUAUCCACACAUUUCAAGGUAUUGAAUCGGGAGUCCUUUUGGCUAUGGCUCUGGACCGCUAUGUAGCAAUCUGUUAUCCACUGAGGCAUGCUAUCAUAUUCACUCGACAACUGGUCACACAUAUUGGAAUUGGGGUGACCUUGCGGCCUGCCCUUUUGGUAAUCCCAUGCCUUUUGCUCAUAAAGUGUCGUCUGAAACUUUACCGAACCAAGUUAAUAUCCCACACUUACUGUGAACACAUGGCCCUUGUGAAGCUUGCCACUGAAGACGUUUCCAUCAGUAAAUUCUACGGUCUCCUUGGAGCUUUUGUUGUUGGUGGCCUGGACUUCCUUUUAAUCACCCUCUCUUAUGUACAAAUAUUUAUCACUGUCUUUCACCUGUCCCAGAAAGAGGCACGUCUUAAGGCCUUUAAUACAUGUAUUCCCCACAUAUGUAUCUUCUUCCAAUUCUAUCUCCUUGCCUUUUUUUCCUUUUUCACUCACAGAUCUGGAUCUUCUAUUCCAUCAUAUGUACAUAUCAUCUUGUCUAACCUUUACCUACUGGUUCCACCUUUCCUCAAUCCCUUUGUAUAUGGGGUGAAGACCAAACACAUUCGAGAUAAGGCAGUAAAGAUGUUGUGUUCCAAAGACCAGGCAUGA